AUGAAAAAUGCGAGUUUUUCUUGGAAUUCGAAUAAAAUUUGUUUAUCUUCAUUAAACGUUUCAAUUGCAGCAGGAAGUUUCGUUGGAAUAUUUGGUCAAGUUGGAUCUGGCAAAUCUUCAUUUCUCGCUGCUAUUCUUGCCGAAAUGAAUCUCAUCGAAGGUGAAAUUGACACAAACCAAAGUUCAUUUUCAUAUGUUUCUCAAUCUCCAUGGAUAUUUGUCGAUACUUUAAGGAACAAUAUUCUUCUCAAUGAAAUCUAUGAUGAUCAACGAUACCAAGAGAUCAUUUACGCGUGUUGUCUUGACGUAGAUCUUCAUUUAUUGGGAACACGAGGUGAUUUAACAAUGAUUGGCGAGAAAGGAGUGAAUCUGAGCGGAGGACAAAAAGCACGAGUAGCUUUAGCACGUGCUUUGUAUAAGAAAGCGGAUAUUUAUUUGUUUGAUGAUCCAUUGGCGGCUGUUGAUCGAGCUGUGGCUAAAUUAAUUUAUGAAAGAUGUUUUGGUUCGAAUGGUUUGUUGAAAACAAAAACUCGUUUGUUAGUGACACAUCAAUUGGAAUUUCUUCAAGAGACGAAUCAAAUUAUUUAUCUUUCUAAUGGUUUUCAAAAAGAAUUCAACGAAAAUUUUGUAAACGAAGAUCGAAAUACUCAAGAAGAAGAUUCGUUCAUAAAAACAAUGUUACACAAAGAAUCCGGUGCCAUUGAUCAUCCUUCGAUCAUCUGUGAUGAAAAACCAACUGAAAUAUAUUCCAAUUGGUCGCUUUGGAAUCGACUAUUCACUGCACCACCAUGUGGAUUAUCUGGUUUUUGUCUUUUUAUUCUUUUAUUUCUGUUCAGCGAAAUUUUAUUCGAUGGAACAAAUUAUUGGAUUGGACAAACAUUAAGACAAAUCAAUCGAGAAGAGAUUCAUCCAAUUAGUUUCGUUUAUAAAUAUUCCAUUUUAACGAUAAGUCUUCUAGGAACGAAUUUACUUUCGAUAAAUCUUUUUUUUCAUAUAUUCUUAAAUGGAACACAUUGUUUUCAUAAUCGAAUGAUUAAAGGGUUGUUAUGUACAUCAAUGGAAUUCUAUGAAAGUAAUCCAAUAGGAAGAAAUCUCAAUCGUGUGAGUAAAGAUCAACAAAUCAUUGAUGAAUUCUUACCACGAUCAUUCAUCUUUGGGUUAUCAACAGUAUCAACAUUAUUUGGUUCAUUUGUAAUGAUAACUUUGACAAAUCCUUAUAUGAUUAUUUUAUUUCUCAUUUUAAUUCCAGUUUUUAUAUAUUUUGCUCAUUUGUUUCGAAUAACAAAUCGACAAUUAAAACAAUUGGAAAGUUUAACUCGCGCUCCAAUUUACAGUCUUUACUCGUCAUCAUUGAAUGGUCUUAUUCCAAUUCGUGUUUUUCAAAUGAUGAUUAAUGAACGAGGAGAAAAUUUAAGUUUUGGACAAUGUCAAUUGAUUUGUAUUGCACGAGCGAUUUUGAGAAAAACGAAGAUUUUAUUGAUUGAUGAAGGAACAGCGAAUGUGGAUUAUGAAACUGAUCAAAUUAUUCAAAAUGUUAUUGCAACGAAGUUUUCCGAUCGAACGGUUUUGAUUAUCGCUCAUCGAUUGAACACUGUGAAGAAUUGUGAUCAGAUUUUAGUUUUAGACAAAGGUUCUUUAACCGAUUUUGAUAAACCGAUGAAUAUUUUAAAACAAUAUCAAUAA